AUGGUAAUCAUUUUAGUGUAUGUAGAUUAUCUUAUUAUCACUGGGAAUGAUCAAAAUAUGAUUUCAGAGGCAAAAUACAUACUGCAACAUAGCUUCAAAAUCAAGGACCUGGGAGAAUUGAGGUUCUUUCCUGGGAUUGAGAUAGCAAGAUCAAAGCAGGGAAUUUUGAUGAAUCAAAGGAAGUUUGCACUAGAGUUGAUUAGUGAGCUUGGAUUGACAGGAUCAAAGCUCGUAAGCACACCAAUGGAGUGCAACCAGAGAUUCACUACAACUGAAUAUGACAAGCAAAACAACUAUGAAGGUGAUGAGAAGCUAGGAGAUGCAGGACCUUAUCAAAGAUUGGUAGGGAAACUUUUGUAUCUCACAAUGACAAGGCCAGACAUAUGUUAUGCAGUACAUGUGCUCAGUCAAUUUAUGCAUUGUCCCAAAAUAUCACACAUGGAUGCAACAGUUAGAGUAGUCAAAUACAUAGAGGGUGCUCCAAGAUAA